AUGGCAUCUCUAGCAUACAUACUUACUUCCCUUAAAUGCAACGUUGUAGCAUUUUCUGAUGGAAGGAGCACGGCAGAGUCCACGCCUUCACCUCCUCUGGCCAACUCUAAUCAUGAAUCUCCUGUGAAUCAGCUGGGAAACAUGCAGAAUAUGAGAUUGGAGCCUUCAUUCAUAUUAACUGAAGUUUUCCUUGACAAUUGUAGAACCUCCGCUUCUCCAUUCUUUAGAGAUGAAUUUGUUUUAGGUAUGAUCUUCCCAGAGUACAAAAGAAAUUUAUUCUGGAAAUUUCAAACUAAGAUGGCCUCCUCACUGGAACUGGAUCCACCAUCCUUUUUUCUCAGUGUCUUAUUGUUUGUGUUUUACAUCUUUUGCAAGGUGAGCUACACCUCUGAGAGAGCUCCUGGAAAUUACCAGAGAUACUUAAUAUUGCCAGCUCUACAGAUGGAGGUGAUGCACCUUGAUGAGGAAUGA